AUGAACGCCCGUCACAUUUCAAGUUGUAAGCCCACGCCAUGCGCUGCGAUUUGCGUUAUCGCCAAUGAGGUGCUUACGGGGAAGACUCUGGACACCAACUCGCACUGGAUUUCCAAGUUCAUGUUUCGUCGGGGUAUCGACCUCAAGCGCGUUGUGGUCGUUCCGGAUGACGAGGAAGCCAUUGUUUUGACGGUAAGGGGGCUUUCACAAAUGGUUGGUCCCAAUGGCUACGUCAUUACCACAGGAGGCAUUGGGCCCACGCACGAUGAUAUCACUUACGAGAGUGUGGCGAAGGCGUUUGGUCUUGGUGUCGAGUAUCAUGAACCGACACUGAGAGAAAUGGAGGCUGCUAUGGUAAAGAGCGCAUCAGAACUAACGGAAGGGCGGAAGCGGAUGGCUCUGCUGCCUGCUGGCUGCAAGACGCUUCGUACGAAUUUCUGGACACCCAUUGCAGUUGUGGAGAAUGUGUACAUUCUUCCUGGAAUACCGUCAAUGGUUCGAUCGAUGCUUACUGCGAACGAAGAGCACUUUACCGGUGUUUUUAUCUUCCGUGCGAUCGUCAAAACGCUCCAGAUGGAAGGCGACAUAGCAGCUCAGCUAAGCGCAGUCCAAGAUGUGCACCCGGAUGUUGCGAUUGGGAGCUACGUCAACUUGACAAAGGACGAGACAGGCGUGCGCGACACAAGUUUUAGCACUCGCAUCACUGUUGAGGGACGUGACGAAACUGAAAUCAAGGAAGUCAGCGACGAGAUCGCAAGGCUCUUUGAUGGCAAGUGCGAGUUUCCUGCUGACGAAUCGUAA